AUGAAAUCAUCUUCUGAAAAUGGAAGAAAAGAUGAAGAAAUACGAUCACUGAUCAGCACAUACGUUCCUUCGUUUAGAACAUUUGAUGAUCAAUUGAGAACUGAUAAUAAUGAUCAAGAGAAGAAUAUCAAUUCUGUUAAUUUAUUUCAGUUGUUUCGAUUUGCUAAUCGACUCGAUUAUGUCUUAUUAUUUAUCGGUUUUUGUGCGGCUAUACUACAUGGAAUAUGUUACAGUGCGUAUUUGAUACUCUUUGGUCGAAUUACAGGUGUCUUUGCUAUGCAAUCGUUCGGUGGUCAUUGUAAUCAAAAGCAAAAAAACAUAUCGAGUAACAAUCCUAAUUGUCCAUUAGGAAUCGAACUCAAUCUCGGAAAUUUUAGUCGCUUGCACAAAUUAGGUAUUAGUGGUAGCACUGAUAUGUGUUCGUUAUUAUCAUCGUCAUCAUCUUCUUCGACGAUUAUGUUCCAUGAUGAUGUUCUGAGCAAAAUCUAUUUGUUAAUUGCCAUUGGGUGCUUCGAACUAUUUUGCGCAUUUUUACAACAUUUGAUGUUUGAUCUCACUGCUAAACGUCAGACAUCUCGAAUACGUGUGCGUCUUUUUCAGACCAUUCUUCAACGAAAAAUUAUAUAUUUUGAUACAACUCCAAUUGGUCAACUCAACGCCAAAUUAUUUGAUAAUGUUGAUAAAUUACAAAAAGGAAUUGGUUUUCAACUUUCGGUAGUAAUUACAAUGAUAAGUACAAUCAUUACUAUUUUAAUUGUGGCUUUGUUCGUUAGUUGGAAAUUAAUAUUACUUAUGUCAUUUAAUAUACCAAUUAUUCUUCUAACAACUCACUUCUUUUCCAAACAUAUCAUCAAAGAGACUGCUAGAGAAUUAGAAUCAUAUUCGAAAGCAGGACAAAUUGUUCAGGAAGUAUUCAGUUCUUUGCGCACUGUUCUUUCACUCAAUGGUGCUAUGUUUGAACAAAGACGAUAUGAAAAUGAAUUACAUCCAUCACGUUGGACAAGUAUAAGGAAAGGCAUUGUGUCCGGAUUUUUCGUUGGUUGGAGUUAUUUAUAUGGAUGUUUACUUUAUGCAUUUGGUUUUAUUUUCGGUUCAAUUCUUAUCUAUUACGAAGGGCAUGAUAAAUUGAAUAUUAGUGAUAUUCUUGUAAUAGUACUUGGCUUUGUUCAUGGUAUCACUUUACUAGGUUUAUUAGCACCUUUUAUAGAAUCUUAUGUCGAAGCUCGAGUAGCUGCUACUCCUGUAUUUCGUCUUAUUGAUGAGAUCGAACACAUGAAAGAACUCGAAAUGGAAACAAUCAUAAAUAACAAACUGGAUGAUAAAAUAUUAAAUGUAAAUGGUGAUAUUCAAUUUAAAAAUGUUACUUUCUCAUAUCCAUCUCGGAAAGACCGAUCUGUUCUUGAUAAUUUUACAAUAAUAGCUCGUGCUGGCGAAACGACUGCUCUGGUAGGUUCCAGUGGUUCGGGCAAAAGUACUUGUUUAUCACUUUUACUACGUUUUUAUGACAUUUCAUCAGGUGAAAUCACCAUUAAUGAACGAUCUAUAAAUGAAUAUGAUGUUAAACAACUUCGACAACAAAUUGGAGUUGUCAAUCAAGAACCAAUCCUUUUUAACGUGAGUAUUUAUGAAAAUAUUCGAUAUGGAAAAUUAAACGCAACAAAAGAUGAAAUUGAAGAAGCAGCACGACAAGCCAAUGCACACGAUUUUAUUAUGCAAUUACCUAGUAAAUAUGAAACCUUAGUUGGAGAACGUGGAAUUCAAUUAAGUGGUGGAGAAAAACAACGUGUAGCAUUAGCUCGUACUUUAAUUAAACAACCUUCAAUAUUAUUAUUAGAUGAAGCUACAAGUGCAUUAGAUAAUGCGAAUGAAAAGAUUGUUCAAGAUGCACUUGAACGAGCAUAUAAAGGUCGUACAACAAUAAUUAUUGCUCAUCGAUUAACAACAAUUCGAAAUGCAAAUCGAAUUUAUGUAAUAUCAAAUGGAUCUGUUAUUGAAGAAGGUACACAUAAAACAUUAAUGGAUAAAGAAGAAAGUAAAUAUCGACAAAUGGUUUACGAUCAAGAAACAAAUCUAAUGGAAAAUAAUGAUAAAUUGAUCAAUAGACAAGAAGAUGAAAGAAAUUAUCACGAACGUAUUAAAUCUUUUAAUAAUGAUACAAUUGACGUUGAAAUAGAAAAAGCAAAGGAUUCUUUGCCUUUAUUUAAACGAUCAACUUUCUUAAAAUUAAUGAAAAUGAAUAGUCCAGAAUGGAAAACUAUUCUUAUUGGUUGUAUUGCAUGCAUUUGUUUUGGAGGAAUUAUACCAGUAUUUGCUAUACUUCUUGCUAAAACAAUUUCAACAUUUGAGUAUUGUUCAUUUUCUCAAAGACAAUAUCUUGUAAUUAAAUAUAGCUGUUUCAUUAUAUUUGUGGGUGUUAUAGUAAUGUUUAUGCGUAUAUUACAAUUUGGUUGUUUUGCAAUAUCAGGAUCUAAAUUAACUGAACGAAUACGUAUUAAAGCAUUUUCAUAUUUACUUCGUCAAGAAAUCUCUUUUUUUGAUUUACCUGAAAAUAGUUCAGGUUCUAUUUGUAUUCGUCUUGCUUCUGAUGCAUUAUCAAUUCAACAAAUGACUGGUACUCGUCUUGGUUUAAUAUUUGAAAGUUUAACUAUGAUUAUAUCAAGUCUUUUAUUUGGUUCAAUUAUUCAUUGGCAAUUAUCUCCAAUUAUAUUUCUAUCAACUUUAUUUGUUUUUAUAAUUGCUUUUAUCGAAGUUAAUUCUCAAUCACGACUGUCUAAACAAACGAGUUCUAUUCUUGAACAAACAAGUUCGCUAACUAUUCAAACAAUUGAAAAUAUUCGUACAGUUAAAAUAUUAACAAUAGAACAGGAAUUUUUAAGACAAUAUACAAAAUUAAUUCAUCAAGUAUAUAAAAUUCAUCGAAAUUAUUCAAUUAUAUCAGCAUUUAUAUUUGGCAUUCAUUGGUCUACACGUUGUUUUGUUAUGACCAUUCUUUAUGGAUUUACAUUAUAUCUUUAUGAAGAAAACGAGAUUCAAACGAAUAAUAUUCUUAUGGUAUUUGGUAUUGUUAUUUUUUGUUUACAAUCUUUAAAAAUUAUUAUGAGCAUGACUGCAGAAAUUGGUGCUUCAUUAUCAGCUGCAAAAAGUUUCUUUCAUUUAUUUGAGCGAACUCCAGUAAUUGAUAAUGGAUCAAUGGAAGGACAAAUAUUGAAUAAUUUUCAAGGUGACAUUAAAUUUGAUCAUGUUGAAUUUAUUUAUCCAACUCGACCAGCCAAUCGUGUUCUUGAUAAAUUUCAAUUACAUAUUAAACCAGGUCAACGUGUAGCUAUUGUUGGAUCAUCCGGUUGUGGAAAAUCAACUAUAAUCCAACUUCUUGAACGUUUUUAUGACGUAACAAAUGGUAAAGUGCUUUUGGAUGGUGUGGAUAUUCGUCAAUUAAAUAUCCAUUGGCUUCGAUCAUGUUUUGGCCUUGUUAGUCAAGAACCUAUUUUAUUCAAUAUGACUAUUAAACAAAAUAUUGCAUAUGCACAAGAAAAUAUUUCACAUGAUGCUGUUGUAGAUGCUGCUAUCAAAUCAAAUAUUCAUGAAUUUAUUCUGAAAUUACCCCAAGGUUAUGAUACUGAAGUCGGUCAUAAAGGUAAUCAAAUGUCAGGAGGUGAAAAACAACGUAUUGCAAUAGCUCGAGCUCUUCUUCGCCAACCUAAAAUAUUAUUAUUAGAUGAAGCUACAAGCGCAAUGGACUCAUAUAAUGAACAGAUCGUACAACAAGUUCUUGAAAAUGUUCAAAAUGAAUAUUCAACACGAACAUCAUUAAGUAUUGCUCAUCGUUUAUCGACUAUUCGCACAUGUGAUGUUAUUUAUGUUCUUGGAAAAACACGUCUCAUUGAGAGUGGUACUCAUACAGAAUUAAUGGAACAACGUGGAACAUAUUAUCAAAUGACUGCUCAUAAUAUUACAUAA